AAAGAAAAAGUUGAGGCGAACUCCGAAAAGUCUACAAAAACUGAAAAACCUGUUGCUAAAAAAGGCGGAAAGAGAAAAGUUGAAGAAAAAAAUGAUACAAAGCCUACUGAAUCCAAAAGGCAGAAAGCAGCAAGCAAAAAGCCAGAAAAAAAAGAUGCAAAUCUAAAAGAAUCGGCACCUGAAGAAAUUAAGACUAAAGUUGAGGAAGAUGAAGAUAAAUUACAGAGUCCCGAAAAUGAGACCAAAGAAGUAGAGCAAGAUAACAAAAAAACAUCGAAAAAAACUGCCACCAAGACCGCAAAAGGCAAGAAGGCUGUAAAGAACAGCAAUGAAGUACAAGGAACUGAUUCCAAAAGUGUCAUAGAUUCAGCACCCAUACCAGAAAUUAUAGAUUGCACUAGGCAGUCAGCAAAUGGUGAUAAUUGGAAUGUGAAAAUAUGUUCAUGGAAUGUAGAUGGUAUUCGAGCAUGGGCAGAGAAAAAAGGGGUCGAUUUCUUGAAGAUUGAAAAUCCAGACAUUAUAUGUCUGCAGGAAACUAGAUGCCCUUUAGAUAAAUUGCCUAACCUUGAUUUGCCAGGAUAUCACUUAUAUUGCAAGCCUGGUGAUAUAUUGAUGCCCAAUGUUAUUAUAGAUAGGAUUGCUGUAGCUGAAUAUAAUUCAUUCUAUCUGGUAUGCGUGUACGUUCCGAAUGCAGGCAGAGGAUUAGUGACACUUCCCAAGCGAUUAAAGUGGAACGAAGCAUUUGCCGAAUAUAUAAAGAAACUGGACAAUAAAAAACCAGUAAUAAUAUGCGGUGAUAUGAAUGUUGCUCAUAAUGAAAUAGAUUUAACAAAUCCAAAAACAAAUAAGAAAAAUGCUGGAUUUACCCUGGAAGAAAGGCAGGGUAUGACUGAUUUUUUGAGCCUAGGUUUCAUAGACACAUUUAGAAAUCUAUAUCCUAAUCAAAAAGAUGCAUACACUUUCUGGUCUUACAUGAAAAACGCCAGAAGCAAAAACAUAGGCUGGAGAUUGGAUUAUUUUCUUGUGUCAGAGCGUCUGGGUAAGCACAUUUGUGAUUCUGUAAUUAGGAGCAAAGUAAUGGGCAGUGAUCAUUGCCCAAUUACUUUAUUUAUGUAUGACCGAAGCUGGCCCGAACAAUUCAAGAUGGAAGUCGAGCAAUAAUGCUGCUUGCUUUUGAAACCUUUGGAUCCUUACAACCAGCGUCUAACACAUGAGGUGUGUUGAAGU